CACAGGCCGCCGGUGAGCGCUGCUGACGCCAGUUCCUUUGUGUCUAGCCGGCAGGCUUGAAGAGGGUGCUUACACUGACUGCCAGGACCAGAGGAGCGGCCCCUUUAAAUCAGCGCCCAGUGGCAGUGGGAGGCGGUACAUCAUGCCCUUUGACUUUAGGAGGUUUGACAUCUACCGGAAGGUACCCAAAGACUUAACACAACCCACCUACACUGGCGCUAUCAUUUCCAUUUGCUGCUGUUUCUUCAUCACUUUUCUGUUCUUGUCAGAGUUGACUGGAUUUAUUGCCAGUGAAAUUGUCAAUGAACUGUACGUAGAUGACCCCGAUAAAGAGAGUGGGGGUAAAAUAGACGUGAGCCUGAACAUCAGCUUACCCAACCUCAACUGUGAAUUGGUGGGGCUGGAUAUUCAGGAUGAGAUGGGCAGGCAUGAAGUUGGACACAUAGAUAACUCAAUGAAAAUCCCACUAAAUAAUGGGAAUGGAUGCCGAUUUGAAGGACGCUUCACUAUAAAUAAGGUGCCUGGAAAUUUCCAUGUAUCUACACACAGUGCCACAGCUCAGCCUCAGAACCCUGACAUGAGCCACUUCAUUCACAAGCUGGGCUUUGGAGAUACUUUACAGGUUACCAAUAUUCAUGGUGCGUUCAAUGCCUUGGGAGGAGCAGACAAACUUGCAUCCAAUGCAUUGGCUUCUCAUGACUAUAUAUUAAAGAUCGUCCCAACCGUAUAUGAAGACUUGAGCGGGAAGCAGAGGUUUUCAUACCAGUACACUGUAGCUAAUAAGGAAUAUGUAUCAUACAGUCACACAGGAAGAAUCAUCCCUGCCAUCUGGUUCCGGUAUGACCUGAGUCCCAUCACAGUAAAAUAUACAGAAAGGCGGCAGCCUAUGUAUCGAUUUAUAACCACGGUAUGUGCCAUCAUUGGUGGAACGUUCACUGUAGCCGGCAUUCUGGAUUCUUGUAUUUUUACUGCAUCUGAAGCCUGGAAGAAAAUUCAACUGGGAAAAAUUCACUAGGAACGGUUUGUCAUCUCCUGCCACCAGCCAGAGCACAUGGAAGAUAUUGGAGAAGCAUCAAUUUAUAAGGAAAUGUAUACCGUAUUUUGUAGUUUUCAUUGAAGAAAAGACAUGACUUGUCAUUUAUCUCAUUUCUGGGUAUAUCGUCAUAUAGGGACUUUUUAGAAAAUUCUAGAAAUACUAUGACAUUACUCCAGGAGCCCCUUUUAAAGGUACUAAGUGUCUAUGGAGGUAGCCAUUUUUUCAGCUGAUCAAUAAUCUCAUAAACUUGUUGCCCAUAGUCCUAAUGCGUUACUAGAUUCGGAUGAUCCUAUAAAAUGGUUGCCUCCCUUGGAGGAAAUAGGCCAUUUGGCCUCCUCUCAGAUUCUGUAUUUGAUCUGGACUCCCCCGCAAGCACUUUAUAAUGAAGUCCCAGUUCAGAUCUGUGCAAAACGUAUUUUGUGCCAAGACCAACCUAAAUAAUCCCAUAUCCUCUCUAGGUAGUGCUUUCGGUCACAUCGCAUUGUACAUUGACUGUUUUUGUUCUAUGAGAUUUAUCCCGUGAUGCAUAUUUUAGUAUUUAUUUUCCUGGUCAUGCUAAUAGUUGAUAUUGUCUGUUACUUCUUGAUAUCUUAUUAAUAUAUCCGAUCAAAUUUUGGAUAUCCUAAUAGAUGUUGGGUGAAAACAAAGAUGAAGGGUUUCAACAUGCCUAUCCUUUAUCCAAGUAUGAGAUGAGGUAUCCAGCAGCAGAUUAUCUUCCUUACCCCAUGAAAUAAGCCUGCCCCCUCAACUGAACAUGUAUAUGGGGAGGGUCAAGAGAGAGAGAGCGGUUUGGCCAUCAGCUCCAACCUCCUCGUAAACAUUCUUGACAAGUUUAGCUUAUCUUAUGUGUCUGGCCAAAUUAGAAAAGUGACCAAAUGUGGGGCCUUCUGUGUCUUAGUGUUGAUACUUCAAAAUAUAAUAUAGGAAAAAGGGACUUCUGCUAACACUUUUUUACUGUAGUCUUGUUCCAUAUCUGUAGUAACAGUUUGUUCUUAGCACACCUUGGGUCAUAUGCUGCUGCCCACCAUGGACAGUAUCCAGAUGACCUCUACUUGUAAAUGCAGCAUUUCUUUUUAACUAAAAGGUUCCCAUAGCUUUUAACUAGUAAAGCUGCUGUUAAAAUAUUAGAUGGAAAGUUAAUCUAUUUUUACUUCUGCAUCCAGAGUUUAUUUUUAACCGAUUUUUCAUAAAAGCUAGGGUUUCCAUUUUGACCUAUUGUAAAACAGUACCACAAUAAGGCUCUUCCUUCAUAGGAGCGUGAAAAUGGAAAUAAGAGUGCUAAGUCUGUCCUACUGUAUGAUGGCCACCAUUCCCAUCAUGAUGUCAGUCAUUUCAAAGAAAGAAUAGCGCAGCAUUGUAGUAUUUACUAAAACAGACAUGUUGGGGGAGCUGAUGGAUCCUUCUUGAUGUAAAGUUUUUCUUGUUUUUAUUACAAUAAGCCAUUAAGAGAAUGGGAAGCAUAGGGCAUCAUGUCUAAACAGUGAAACCUCAUCACAAUCAAUCAGAUUCCAGCUCUCAUCUUUAAUGGGGAAGCAGUGAUCUGAAUGGUUGCUAUGGGAAAUAUUGAAACUUUUCUAAGCAAGUUAUAGUGUAAUAAACCCUACGUGAGUGGUCUUUGCAUAACUGAACAAGGGCCAUCCUCAGUAAAUAUGUCUGCAGGCUUUCCAUAGAAGGCAUCCCAAGUACAUCCUGUUGGAGCAGAUCUAAGGAUUAGAGCAGGAUCAAUUUCAUAGUAGCUGUAUCCUAUAUUAGGGACCAACUUAGUGCAUGUCAGAUGUUCUAUCUAUAGUUCUGUGUAUUUAAUUACAUAUCUAAAAGUGUCCGGCGACAACAGGGUUCAUUUUACUAAACACAGCCAUGCUGCAGACAACUGGCAAUAGCCCUAGGUGACUGACCAUUGCACUUGAAUGGACCCUGGUUUGUCACGUAACAUUGUGCAUUCUGAAAACCAAGGAGAACUUGUUAAGAUCAAACAUAUGGGAGUCUGACAUUCGGCAGCUCUGUCAUAACAGACAAUAAAAGUGCCACACAUAAAGACAGCAGCACAAGAUUCUGCGUAGAGACGGUAUCUCAUAAGCCGAUAGUAACUCACACGAAUUCUAUUCAGUCAUAAUCAUGUACCAUCUAUUGAAUCACUACAAGUUUGUAUCGACUGCAUUCUCAAAGUGCAGGCUGAAACUGAAGCUUUGACCGCCUUGGAAAAUCCACUAGAUGCCACCAGCCACUCUCCUGCUCUGCAUCAUUAGUUCGUUAACCAUUGACUAGGGCUAGAAGAUCAAUUUUGUAAUAAAACAACUACCUGCUGUCCCACAACGUUUUUUAGUUUACGGUCAAAGGCACCAAAUGUUGACCACAAGAUCAAAACUGACCAAAGGUCACACUCUAUGGAAGUCAGGGACUUGAUGUCUUGGUGGAGAUAUUGAUUAAAAGUUGCACACUCUUGGAAAAAGAACACUAAAAAGUAUUAAAUGGCCGUUUUCUAACUGUUCAGUUCAACAAAAAUUCCCAAGAGUCUCUGAAGAAGCACUCCGGGAUUUUAUUUCUUUAGCUAUAUAGUCAAGGAUAGACCAUUAUUAAAGAUCAGGAUAGAGUAUCUUGUUUAUGCCUUAUGUAUACCAGUUUUAUUUGAUGUGUAAUUUGUGGGUUGUCAUCCGUCUUGUUUCCUUCUCCUCUUGGAUAUGGUUUUUCUAAUGAAACCUACAUUUCCCAUCAUACCUGGCUAUGCAAAGAUAGAGGAGGCAGAGGCUCACCACACUGCAAUGCGCUGUGUAAGGGCAGCCAUGACGGAUAAGUGACACAGAACUGCUAUUCCCUCAUACUGCAGGGCCUCCAUGUUCCACUAUGUGAUGUUGCUUAAAGAGGAC